CGCAGCUGCUGAGCGGCAGCAGCAGUAGAUGCUGUCCCAUCAUCAGAUCACACCCAACGGGGCUGCAGCGCACCGCUCCUCCGGCACCAACACCAUGACACCCAGGUUCAAACCCGCAAUCUGAUCCGCACUGAGGACCGAAAGCUCGCAGGACCGGGAGCACCUGGACGGGGAGACAUACCGCACACACACACACACACACACACACACACACACACAGACGCGCGCACACGCACGGGGAGACGACUAUUGCAGCGACCAGCAGCCAAAAAACCGCCGACCGAGGAGAACUCCACUGCGCCGAGGAUUUGCGCUUUUCGCUCCAGAAAACGCGUCCCCCGCACGCACGGACACCCGCAAAGAACAGAACAGAACACACACACACACACACACACACACACACACACACACACACACAACUCCCCGCGAGUCCGUUCACGCCAAAAAAAAUAAAAAAAUAAAAAAUGUCAUCGUCGGGAAAGGACGCCAACAGCGGGCAUUACGCCAACUAUGUGGGACCGUACCGCUUGGAGAAGACGCUGGGUAAAGGACAGACAGGUCUGGUGAAGCUGGGGAUCCACUGUGUCACAUGUCAGAAAGUUGCCAUAAAGAUUGUCAACAGGGAAAAGCUCAGCGAGUCGGUUCUCAUGAAGGUGGAGCGGGAGAUAGCCAUUCUGAAGCUCAUAGAGCAUCCCCACGUUUUAAAGCUGCACGACGUCUAUGAAAACAAGAAAUACCUGUACCUGGUGUUAGAGCACGUGUCCGGAGGAGAGCUGUUCGACUACCUGGUGAAAAAGGGCCGGUUAACACCAAAAGAGGCCAGAAAGUUCUUCAGACAGAUCAUCUCAGCCCUGGACUUCUGCCACAGCCACUCCAUAUGCCACAGAGAUUUGAAGCCCGAGAACUUGUUGUUAGACGAGAAGAACAACAUCAGGAUAGCAGACUUUGGUAUGGCGUCUCUGCAGGUCGGGGACAGUCUGCUGGAGACCAGCUGUGGAUCUCCGCACUACGCCUGCCCAGAGGUUAUCAGGGGGGAGAAGUACGACGGCAGGAAAGCAGACGCGUGGAGCUGUGGAGUCAUCCUGUUUGCACUUUUAGUGGGCGCUCUGCCUUUCGACGAUGACAACCUGAGGAAUCUUUUGGAGAAGGUGAAGCUGGGAGUUUUCCACAUGCCCCACUUCAUCCCUCCAGACUGUCAGAACCUCCUGCGCGGUAUGAUCGAAGUGGACGCCACCAAGAGGCUCACAUUAGAGCAGAUCCAGAAGCAUACGUGGUACCUAGCCGGAAAGAACGAGCCGGAGCCCGAGCAGCCCGUCCCGAGGAAGGUGGCCAUCAGGAUGCUGGCUGCGGCCGAGGAGAUCGACCCCGACGUCCUGGAGAGCAUGCACUCUCUGGGAUGCUUCAGAGACAAGGAAAAACUGACCAAAGACCUGCUGUCUGAGGAGGACAACCAGGAAAAGAUGAUCUACUUCCUGCUGCUGGACCGCAAGGAGAGGUACCCGAGCCACGAGGACCAGAACCUGCCGCCCCGCAAUGAGAUUGCAGACCCUCCCAGGAAGCGUGUGGAUUCGCCCAUGCUGAGCCGUCACGGUAAGCGCAGACCGGAGAGGAAGUCCAUGGAGGUGCUGAGCGUCACGGAGGGAGGAUCUCCCGUACCGGUGCGACGAGCCAUCGACAUGGCGACCCACGGACAGAGCAAAUCUGUUUUCAGUAAAAGCUUGGAUAUCACAAACGCUAACUGCAGCAAGGAAGAAAGAUCGCGAUCGAUCAGCGGAGCGUCCUCCGGUCUGUCCACCAGUCCUCUCAGCAGUCCCAGGCCCAACCGGCGGUUUUUCAUCCCGCCCCAGUCCCCAGACCUGUGUCAGUCCCCCAACUGCAGCCCCACCCACUCCACCGAGGUCCGCCUUAACGGGGUGGGGCCACGCACGCCCAACUCCUACCAGCCAAAGAUGGGGUCCCCCCUCAUGCACCCCCGCACUCAGACCCUCCCCGCCAAGCCCAAAGUGUCCGAGAAGCCCCUGCAGACCACCAGGUCCAACCCUCUUCCCAACACAGCCCAGACCCCCAACACCCCCAAAUCUGAGCCGUCCACGCCCUGCCAGCCUCUGGCGCCCUGCAUCCCCAACAGCCCCCGGGUGAGACGCCACCCUCCCCUCACUGUCCCCCCCAAGCUCUCCAUCCCCCUCUCGCCCGUGCCUCCUAUGUCGCCCCGCCGCCGCCACCACCACCUCCACCCUGACCACAACGGCAAAUCUGUCCCCAUCACGCAGGUGACCCCCCACCCCUCCCCCAGAGGGAGCCCUCUCCCCACCCCUAAAGGCACCCCGGUGCACACGCCCAAGGACAGCCCGACCGGCACGCCCAGCCCAACGCCACCGCCCAGCCCCUCCAUCGGGGGCAUGCCCUGGAGGACACGCCUCAACUCCAUCAAGAACAGCUUCCUGGGCUCGCCGCGCUUCCACCGCAGGAAAAUGCAAGUUCCCACCCAGGAGGACAUGUCCAGUCUAACUCCAGACUCGUCUCCAGAGCUGGCUAAGAAGUCAUGGUUUGGGAACUUCAUCAACCUGGAGAAGGAGGAGCAGAUCUUCAUCGUGAUCAGAGACAAACCUCUCAGCUCCAUAAAGGCCGACAUCGUCCACGCCUUCCUCUCCAUCCCCAGUCUGAGCCACAGCGUCAUCUCUCAGACCAGUUUCCGGGCGGAGUACAAGUCCACAGCCGGUCCGACGGUUUUCCAGAAGCCGGUCAAGUUCCAGGUGGACAUCACCUACACCGAGAGCACCAGCGCCACUAAGGACAACGGCAUCUACUCCGUCACCUUCACCCUGCUGUCAGGUCCCAGCCGACGUUUUAAGCGUGUGGUGGAGACCAUCCAGGCCCAGCUGCUCAGCACCGACCAGCCCGGCACCCAGCCCCAGAUAUCCGGCAGCCCGUUGAGUAACUUCUUUGACGUAAUUAAACAGCUUUUUUCAGACGAGAAGAACAUCCAAGCGUCCCACUCCCCCGGCGCCCCCGCCACGCCUAGCUCCCCUGCCAAGCAUGCCCCCAGCAGCAAGCCCAACCAGCCCCCGCCCAAUGACUCUAAAUGCCCCCCCGGCAAAGACAAAACAAAGAUGGCUGCCGGCAACAGGACACAGGAACAACCUUAAGGAGCGGUAGCCGUGCAUGACUUAGCCGAAAAAGCAGUUAUCAGGUGUUUAAACGAGAGAACGACAGAGGAGAGCUGCUAACUUUGCCCUUUAGUUCGGAGUGAAAACAAAACAAAAAUCUACUUUUUGCCUAUAAAUUUUGUACUGUAUAAUGGGAAUGGCUCUUUCAGUUUAAAGGUUGAUCAGUAUUUUACAAUAAGUAGCAGAUGUAGCUUUGUUGUCCCUACCUUUCUGUCCCUCUCUGUGUCCUCGGGGGUCCUUUUUUCGGUGGGUGUGUGUCCUUCCUCACAUAUGUGAUGGCUUGACUUGUCUCUGCCACCAGGGAUCAUCCAUAAUAGCUAUUAACCUCGGCGGCUCUUCGAGACCCGCCACCGCCGCCGCCACCAACAACCAACCAAGAGAGUCCGAAACUGAAGAAAAAAGACAGACUUCCCCCCUCUUUCUCCUAACCCCCACUUCACUCUCUCACCCCACUUCGAGUCCUUUCUCCAGGGCCACACCGAGUCCACGUCGCCCCCCCACCAGACCAAACGCAUCUCAGAAGAGUUGUAAAAAGAAAAAAAAGCCUUAAGACAGUGAUGUUUGUCAAUCUGCACACAUCCCCCUUCUCCUCUUUUCUCUUUCUUCUAUUUCUCCCACAUGUACAUAAAAAAAAAACAACAACAUACUGUACUCAACACGAACAUAACUUCUUUGCGGGAUGUAACGACUUGCACACGCUGACAAACAGGAAGCAGAAGCGGGGACGGACGGACGGUCGGACGCUGGCUGGAUUGUAAUUCUUUUUAAAUGUUCUUUGUGAACAGCAGGAUUUUUUGGAGCUUUCUGUAAAAUGGGUCCUCGCAGUUUAAAAAGGCUGCUGGUAAAAAGUAUGAUAAGUCAGAGGGGGGGAGGUGAUAUUACAUAAAUGAAUGAUCUAUUCUGUUGUACAGAUUAAAAUAAUGUUCCGUAUGUACAAAAAGUGUAGUCGUGACAUUAUGUUUUUAGAGCUGUGUUGCCAUAUUUUGUUUUUGUAUUCCUGUAUAGGGGCCUGGUCACGGCGACGUUUAAAGCAGCGUUUUUCUUUGUUCACGGCGAAAUGAAUUCAUUCCAAUGGAAUCGCUGCGAUGAGGAGAUCUGCGCAAAAUCUUUCGUGUAAGCGUGUCGACGGUGCUAAACAACGAAAUGGAGGACGCUAACGUAGCUUGUUAGCCGUGUGUCAACAUUUACCUUCAUCAACACGUAAGGAAAAAGGUUGAGAAUGACUGAAUUAUCUGUAUUUAUACUCGGAUUGGGCGGGAUUUAAGUCAAAUGUGGGUGGUGCUUAAGCCCAAAAGCGGGGCUAGAAGUUGUUCAUUUAAGCCUGAAAUCGACAAGAGUUGAUCAGAAGUUGCUAUAUUUAUGAGAAACAAUUUAGAGAAUGGAGCUUCAGAGCUGUUUUUGAUCACAAGAUAAAGAAAACUAUUUACAUUCAGCCGAGUACUUUGUACAUAGUUAGAGUUGGGCUUGGCAAUAAGGCUUAAAAAUAAUUUUUUUAAUUUUUUCAUACCACAUCAGUAAUGUUUCGUCACUGCAGCCGCUUGUUUGCAUAUGGGAUACUAUCAUAACAUUAAAACAUUCGUAGGUAGCAUCUUGAUUUAUGGAUUCAUCACCCAGCUCUGGUUAUGAGAGAGUCGAUUGCACGAAUCAGUUAAAAUAAACUGUGAACUUUUUGUAAUGUUCCUAAUGGUCUGUUAGCACGCUCGCUAGUUUGAAGAGCCCCCAAAACGACAGGGCAAGGUAGCUAGAAUCUGAAGAGAUAAUAACGUUAGCAUGCUCCGGAUAACACCAGCUAACCACCUUGGAGGACGUUUGGACAUCAAUAACAUUUCUCAAAGACGCACAGACGAGUUUUGUGCUUUCCGGUGUGACCAGGCCUCGUCUACGAAACGUUUCCUUUUUGCACUUUUUGACGAGUGAAUUAGAUUCGGGUUCAGUUACAACAUGUCAGCGCAUUUUUAAUUUUCAUUAUAAUUUUUUACAAUAUUGAACUGCUGUGUAUAUUUUUGUACUUUAUUGUCUUUUGUCAUUUUCUUUUUUGUUAUUAAUUUAUUCUCCGUUAUUUAUAUGAAAGAUGUAGAGAAUGUUUCUUAACGUCAAAAUUAUUUAAGGAUAUUUUUGUCAUGUUUAAGUUAUUUGAUCACCGAGAAAUACUCGAAACGUUUGUGAGUGUUCGUUUUUUCUUCCCGGCUUCUUUAUGUUUGUUUGUUUGUUUGUUUGUUUGUUUCUGACGAGAGAAACCUUGUAAUAUACGUUUGGAAAAUGAUUUACCGUAAUUUAAGAAUGUAGACUUAGCCUCUCUGAGAGGAACCGAACCCUUUGUUGAUAAUUGUCGGCUCCUCCUUCCCCUCAGUGUGUAUGAUGAACUCAGAUCUCACCAAACACUCAUUCUGUAAAUAAGCCGAGUUUACUGACAAGCUUAUUUAAAAAACCAAGGGGAUUCCUAUUCUUAGCUUUGACCUCGUACGGUUGUUUGCAUGUUCAGCAUUCGUCUUUUCUUUGCAUGUCGUCGUUGGAAUUGUUCUCCUGUUCCCUUUUUCUCUCCACACUUAUUUAUGUAUUUAUGUUCUUUAUGUGCUUUUGUUUUAAUUUGCCUUCUGAUUUUUAUUUUUUAUUUUUGUAAAGUUUGAUUUCUUUCGCCGUCCUCUUUCCCUCUCCCGCCCCCUUUUUUGAUUACUGUGUACGCACAGUAACCGUGCAAUGCAUCCUCCUUACUCAUUCUCUCAAAGAGGGACCUCUCUGGCGAUCGGGUUGCUCACCAGCUGGGUGGGUGUUGGGUUAUCGGAGAGAAAAAUUAAAGCAAUACCUUUCAUUGUUCGCUUUCCUCUUUUUCUACUGGGGGAAUCCAGAGCACACAGAAUGGACUCGGAGCACGGAGCGCUACUACUGAGCAGGAUAACCACUGGCAAUGUAUUCCCUUGUGAUGUUACUGUGAACAACUUCAGUGCUAAAGGAAAUAAAUCUGUUGACUUUG